GUAGAUGCUGCGGUGGGCUGCAUGGCGUCCUCCCUUGUAGUGCCUGGCGGUGGGUUGCAGGGCUUCCUUUUGCAGCUGCACGACGCCCUUCGGAGCUCAGACACCAGUAGCGCCGCGCUCCAGGGCUGCAGCUUAAUUCGCUCUUUAGCGGAGUCGUGUGUCACUAGCAGUGGAGACGACAUCCUGGCCUUGCAGAUUUCACUGGUGUUUUCUAAAGAAAAUGGACUGCUACCAUUUAUUUAUAAGUCGCUGAGUGUUGAAGAUUUUAGAGAAUGCAGAGAAGAAGCAUUAAAAUUUAUUCUUGCCUUUGUGGAAAAGAUUGGCCCCAAAAUUCAGCCUUAUGCACAAGAUGUAAAGAGGAUAUGUGUUACUGCGUAUACAAAAGACAGAUCAGCAAAAUGUGGAAUCCCAGCUCUAGAGCUACUGAUCAAGCUGCUUCAAAAGUUACAAUCAUCGUAUGCAAUGGUAGACAUGAAGGUUGGAGAAAUCUUUAACAAGUUUUAUGGAGAAAUUGCUAUAAAAAGCAAAGUGCCUGAUACAGUGUUGGAAAGGAUUUAUGAGCUCUUGGGAGUCUUGGGUGAAGUUCAACCUAGUGAAAUGAUUGACAAUUCUGAAAAACUAUUCCGUGCUUAUCUGCUAGAAUUAAAAGUACAG